CAUCCCAUCCUCUCAUCCCCUCAUCCCUUUCAUCAUCUUGUCUAUCCUCGUUCUUCUUCCGUCUCCUACACAUAACCAACUCGCUCAACAUGACGACCCCUAACAGAGUCAUCGUCGUCGGUGGUGGAUUGUCCGGCCUCAGCGCUGCCCACACGGUCUACCUCAACGGUGGUAAUGUGCUCGUUCUCGACAAGCAGAGUACGCUCUUCCCUGUCCCUGGAUACGAUACACCCAUACAUUCCAUGCGCGCACAUACACCAGACAACACAUUUCAGAACUAACUCUUUCCCAAGACUUCUUCGGUGGUAAUUCCACCAAGGCUACCUCCGGAAUCAACGGCGCCCUCACCCGCACACAGGUCGACCUCGGCAUCCAGGACAGCGUCAAGACUUUCUACGAUGAUACCCUCAAAUCCGCCAGAGACAAGGCUCGCCCAGAACUCAUCAAGGUCCUGACCUACAAGUCCGCGGCCGCCGUCGAAUGGCUGCAGGAUGUCUUUAACCUCGACCUGACCCUGGUUUCUCGUCUCGGUGGUCACUCCCAGCCCCGAACUCACCGUGGCCACGAUGCCAAGUUCCCCGGAAUGGCUAUCACAUACGCCCUGAUGCAGCGGUUGGAGGAGCUCGCUGAGACCGAGCCCCACCGUGUGCAAAUCAUCAAGAAGGCCCGCGUCACCGCCGUCAACAAGACCGGAAACGUCGCCACCGGUGUCACUUACGAGCUCAACGGGGAGUCUCACACUGCUGAUGGCGUGGUUGUCCUGGCUACUGGCGGAUAUGCUGCCGACUUUACCGACAACUCCCUUCUGAAGCAGCACCGCCCCGAUACCUGGAACCUCUCCAGUACUAACGGUACUCACGCAACUGGUGAUGGCCAGAAGAUGCUCAUGGCCAUCGGCGCCAACGGCAUCGAUAUGGACAAGGUCCAGGUCCACCCCACUGGUCUGGUCGACCCCAAGGACCCCACGGCCAAGUUCAAGUUCCUUGCUGCUGAAGCCCUCCGUGGUGAAGGUGGUCUCCUCCUCAACUCCGACGGCCAGCGAUUCUCCGAUGAGCUGGGUCACCGUGACUACGUGUCCGGCCAGAUGUGGAAGGAGAAGGAGAAGGGCAAGUGGCCCAUUCGCCUUGUCCUCAACAGCAAGGCUUCCAAGGUCCUUGACUUCCACACUCGCCACUACUCCGGCCGUGGCUUGAUGAAGAAGAUGACCGGCAAGGAACUGGCCAAGGAGAUUGGCUGUGGCGAGGCUGCUCUGAAGAAGACUUUCGACGAGUACAAUGCUAUUGCCGAGGGUAAGAUCAAGGACCCUUGGGGCAAGAAGUUCUUCCACAACAUGCCGUUUAGCAUCGACGAUGAAUUCCACGUCUCGUUGAUGGAGCCCGUCCUGCACUUCACCAUGGGUGGUAUCGAGAUCAACGACCGCGCCCAGGUCCUCAACUCCGAGCACAAGCCCUUCGAUGGCCUCUAUGCCUGUGGUGAAUUGGCAGGUGGUGUUCACGGUGCUAACCGUCUCGGUGGUUCCUCUCUGUUGGGCUGCGUCGUUUAUGGCAGAGUCGCCGGUGACAGUGCCAGCCAGUACCUCUUCCAGAAGACUCUCUCUUCCGGUGGUAGCGCCCAGCAGCGCCUGAACCAGAUCUCGCUGCACAUCGACCCUUCGACUCCCGGUAAGAUUUCUGUCGAGUGGAAUGGUGCCGGUGCCGGCUCCAGCUCCACUCAGGUUGCUGCCCCCGUUGCUGUAGCAGCUUCGACUCCCGAGGCGGCACCAGCUGCCGCCGCGAAGCCUGGCAAGUUCACCAUUCCUGAAACGGAGUACACUAUGGAAGAGGUUGCUAAGCACAACAAAAAGGACGACAUGUGGAUCGUAGUUAAGGGCGUUGUGCUGGACGUGACUAACUUCGGCGAUGAACAUCCCGGUGGUGCCAACGCCUUGUACAACUUUAUGGGCCGGGAUGCCACUGAAGAAUUUGCAAUGCUUCACGAUGAUGAGGUCAUCCCCAAGUACGCACCAAAUAUCGUCAUCGGCCGUGUCAAGGGCCAGACACCCAGCCUAGAGCUAUGAGAUCGUCCAUGUUGCUUGCUUUAGAGAAUCUUAAGAAAUUUGCCAGAAUCUCAAAAGAGACUUGCUUUAUUUCUCCCCCGUUCUCCUUCCGUUUAUUAUUUAAUUUCUCUCUUGCGUCCAUGUUUUAUUCCAUACCCCCUUUUCAUGUAUGUUAAUUUUGGGUACGCUGUGCAUUGUAUGCCUUACGGGAUAAAUUUAGGAUAUUCUGUCUUCUUCUUUCGCUUUCUAGAGUAGGUACAUGGGAUUUCUUUGGACUGGACAGUUCAUUUGGAAGAUCUGAACUACACUAUUGG